AUGAGUGCAGUACAUUCAGGGUUACUAUUUUAUUGCGAGGCAAGAUGGUUAUCACGAGGGACAUUUUUGCUACGUGUUUAUGAAUUAAGAGAAGAAAUCGCCGUUUUCCUAGAAGAGGAAAACAGACCGGAAGCUGAGAAUUUUUGCGAUAGUUUAUUUGUGAUGAAAUUGAGCUACAUGGUCGACAUAUUCGAGAAAUCAAAUAACUUGAAUCUUCAACUGCAAGGAGCAAAUACACAUAUAUUGGAUACGAGUGAUAAAGUUAAUGCUUUUUGUAGGCAAUUGGAAUUGUGGAGCAGAAAUUUGAAGCAAGAAAACUUAACAACAAUGUUUGUAAAUUUGAAUGAUUGUAUUAAAACUUACAAGGCUGAAGAACAACGUGUAAAAGUUGUUUUUGUAACCAUUGAAAAUCAUUUAGCAAUGCUAGCAAAGAGUUUUAAAAGUACUUUCUUGCUGACGACAAACUGA